AUGGAGUUCUCUAGUAAACUCGAUGAUGCAUUCGCUUUUCUUAAGCGAGUAGAAGUUUCAUUUCAACGUAAUAGGAUCAAGUAUGAAGUGUUUAGAGAAAUUCUAAAAGAUUACAAGGCUGGAAAAAUUGAUAUAGGAGGUAUGAAAGUAAGAGUGAAGGGAUUAUUUAAAGAUCAUAAAAAAUUGAUCUCGGAGUUCAAUACCUUCUUGCCCAAGGAACAUCAAAUCACAGCUAAGUUCGAGUUUGAAGAUGGAUCCGCGUUUUAUAAGGCAGUCAAAGACGCGUUUCAAGAUAAGAGCGAAAAUUUUGACGUUUUUUUAAAUCUUAUGAUGGAUUGGAAGUACGAAAGAGUUGAUAUAAGAAGUUUCGUGGCACAAAUGAAGGAGUUGCUUAAAGAGCAUACAGAUUUAACUUUGGGAUUCAAUAUCUUCCUGCCAACUAAAUAUCAAAUCACAGUUCCAUCUCAACCUGGUGUCUCCGAGACUAUUGGUAAUAAAUUCAAAGGGGAUGGUUCACAUGUUCGCUGUUCAAAUAACCAUGAGUACUACGCUAUUGUUUCAGAAUGCAAAGAUGAUUUUAAGAAAAAAAGAAGCAAGCGAUCAAAGAGACUAGAUUUUAGCAGCAUCCUAGAAGAUGGUAUCCUUGAAUCAAAGAAUCGCGAUGAUGUUGUUGUUUGCGGAUACAAUGAAGGUUUUGAGAAAUUAACACCAAAGAAAAGAAGAAUAUCAAAUACAUCACAUAGAGUUGAGUUUCAAAUUCUUGAUACUGAUGAGACUUCUUCAUCUGACGAGGGUUCCAAGAAGAAAAUCACAAAAAGAGAAGUGAAGGAUGAAAGAUCAAACAAACCAUCGAAGAAAUGCAAGAUCAACAACAAUAAUAAUGAUAACGACCAGCUACAAGAAGAGCGACCUGAGCUUCCAUUGGUGUUUAAAGAAAAGAUUGAACAGAUGCAAGGUAGUGAUGUGAUGUUGGUGAUCCAAAAGAAACUGACCAAGAGUGACGUGGAAGAAAACAACGGUCGCUUGUCUAUCCCAGAAAACCAAGUAAUUAACGAGAACUUUCUAGAACCAAAUGAGAAAUCAUCCUUGGAUUAUGAUCGUAAUGAGGGACGCAAGAAGCGUAUUGGUAUGUCUGUGUCUGUGUUGGAUCCAAGUCUUAAUCUCUACAAUGGUAUGUGCUUCAAGAAGUGGAAAAUGGGGAAAUCUGAAAUCUACAAUAUCACAGGCGAAUGGAAUAAACUUGUAGAAAACAACCAUUUGGAAAAAGACCAAAAGGUGCAAGUCUGGUCUUUUCGAAGUCAUCAUCAGCUCUGCUUUGCACUCGUCAAGCUCUAGCAAAAGAUCGAUUAAUCAAUGAUGUGUG